AUGGAAGCCCCUAUUCCUCUUGCCGCAGUCGAGCCCUUCCCGCCAGCGACCAUCAGCCGUCCCGGUCCUGCGUGUGAGAUGGAAGACGGGGUCUUCCAAACUACAACUACAGGCAAGUACUCGACUUUUUUGAUCACCUCGUGCGCUGUACCAUCCGUUACUUCUAGUUUGACUUCAAUAAUGCAAGAACGACCAUCAUCUCCAAUCAUAAUACCGGGAUGCACACUUGCCAUUAGCACUAAGGAAGCCCCAAUUCCUCUCACCGCAGUCGAGCCCUUCCCGCCAGCGACCAUCAGCCGUCCCGGUCCUGCGCGUGAGUUGGAAGAAGGGGUCUUCCAAAACGGACUUCUAGGCAAGUACGAUUUGAAUACAAGAAACUCGCUUCUUGAACCUUUUUCCAUUUUCGAGGCCCCGGGAUCUCCGGAACACGGUAUUGGAUAUAGGCGCAUCCCGAAGGACGCUCUCACCGACGCUCGAUUGUACGACCAAUGGAGGAUAACGACUGGAGACUCCCGGUUGACAGUAGCUGGUCCGUCAUGGUCGCGUGAUUACCUCACACUCCCCAUUUUGGACUCCGUGGGAUCGGAAAGGGGUUCCAAGGCCCCAGCUAGGCGGGGUCCUCCUGGUGCUGAAGUCAUGGUCUUGCCGGAAGUAGCGACUACCUUCCGACGCCCGAUGACAGUUUCCUCCAAAUCCUUGAUAGCAAGGCGAGAUCAUCACGAUGGUGUAUUGAUCUACUAUCAAAACGCUGGUGGAAUGAAUAGUAGCGUGGACGAAUACCUACUCGCAAUAUCCGAUGGGUGUUACGACAUCAUCGUUCUAACCGAAACGUGGUUGGACUCACGAACUCUCUCGGGACAGGUUUUUGGUACGGAAUACGAAGUUUGUCGCUGUGAUCGUGGACCUCGAAACAGUCGCAAAUCAACUGGUGGCGGCGUUCUCAUAGCUACCAAAAAGAUGUUCAAAACUAGAGUUUUGAACAAUGACGACUGGGAUAGUGUAGAACAGCAAUGGGCGUGUAUCCAGCUUACAAACCGCAAGGUGUUUCUGUGUGUUGUCUAUGUGCCCCCUGAUCGAACCCGUGACACCGCCUUAAUCGACACUCAUUCCCGAUCGUUAGCGGCGGUUAUUGAAAAGGCUAAUGCGGUCGACGAAAUCAUAAUCAUUGGAGAUUUCAACUUACCGGAAAUCUCUUGGAAAUCGUCCUGCAAUGGGUUUCUACACCCCGAUCCCGAUCGAUCUAAGUUGAAUGUAGGUGCAUCCAAACUUUUAGAUAGUUAUAGCUCCGCCACGUUACGACAAAUUAAUUACAUUACCAACGAAAAUGGUCGCUGUCUUGAUCUCUGUUUCGUGAGUGCUCGAGAUGUCGCCCCAGCUAUCUCCAUUGCUCCAGUUCCACUGGUCAAACAUGUGAAUCACCAUCCUCCAUUAGUCCUCACACUCGACGAUCAUUGUUCAAGCAAAAUGAUGACUGUCGCACCCGUGUUUUACGACUUUCGUAAUGCUGACCAGCAAAGCAUUAUUGAAUUUCUAUCUGCCAUCGAUUGGGCCGCUGUCCUCGACGAACGUAAUGUGAACAAUGCUGCUCAGACACUCUCGCACAUCCUGGGUCAUGUGAUUGAGCGACAUGUACCUAAGAAAGCUUUCCUGAACAACAAACCGUGGAUGACUCGUGAGCUUCGUGUACUGAAGUCCACGAAGAAAGCUGCUCUUAAGAAGUACUCGAAAUAUCGGACAGUUUCGCUGCGAGACCAUUACAAGAGAUUAAACACCGCAUACCAUUUGAGUAGCCGCCUGAGCUUCCGACGGUACCAGGAAAACCUCCAACGGAAUCUGAGGAUUCGGCCCAAGUCCUUCUGGAAGUACGUUAACAGUCAACGGAAAGAGGCUGGCUUUCCUUCAACCAUGACCUUCAACGAAAAAUUCUCCUGUGACCCCGAUGACAUCUGCCAGUUUUUUGCCGACAAGUUUGCCAGCACUUUCAACAAUCAAGUCAUUCCCGAUCGUCAAAUUCAUCAAGCCGCUUGCAAUGUUCCGUUAAUGACUGGAAGUAGUCUAUACAGACUUGACAUCGACAAUGCCAUGAUUUUCAGAGCCGCCUCGUCGUUAAAGUCAUCGAGCAACUCUGGCCCUGACGGAAUCCCAUCCGUUUUUGUGAAGAGGUUCAUUGAAAAUCUCCUGACUCCUCUGCAGCACGUAUUCAGCCUGUCCUUGUCAAGUGGUGAAUUCCCGUCGGUUUGGAAAACCGCCGUUAUGUUUCCCGUUCACAAGAAAGGUGAUCGCAGGAACGUCUGCAACUAUCGCGGUAUCACAUCACUGUGCGCAAUCUCCAAGCUGUUUGAACUUGUAGUUAUGGACCCACUUCUCGCACAUUGCAAACAAUAUCUGAGUGACGACCAACAUGGGUUCAUCUCAGGUAGGUCGACCACGACUAACCUCUUGUGUCUCACCACGUACAUUGCGGAAAGCUUUGCAGAGAGAGUCCAAACGGAUGUCAUCUAUACGGAUUUGUCUGCAGCCUUCGAUAAAAUCAGUCACGCUAUAACGAUUGCUAAGUUGGAAAGGCUUGGUGUCGGCGGUAGUGUUUUGAGAUGGAUUAAUUCGUACCUCGUCGGUCGUAAGCUAACAGUCACCGUCGAAGGCUCCGUGUCGAAUGAGUUCCCGGCUCCAUCUGGUAUCCCACAAGGUAGCCAUCUGGGGCCACUACUUUUUCUGCUAUAUUUCAACGACGUCAACUACGCAAUUAAAGGCCCUAAACUAUCAUUCGCGGACGAUUUGAAAAUCUACUUGAAGAUUUGCUCUGUUUAUGAUGCAAUACGUCUUCAGGAAGAGCUCAAUAUUUUCGCGGAUUGGUGCGAUUUGAAUGGCAUGGUCGUUAAUCCAAACAAAUGUUCCGUAAUGUCUUUUACCACAUUCGCCAGCCGAUCAUCAUCUCGUAUAAGCUUAAUGGCUGUGAAAUUCAACGUGUCGACCAUGUGA